AUGCCAUCAUCAGCAACUCACGAUCCCGUGGACACGGCCGUUGGUGGCGCCGACGACGGGCUGAGGGGCCUGCCCGACGACGUCCUCCUCGACAUGCUGGAGCGGCUGGUGAGGGCCGGCGACGUCCACACGGCCGCCAGGACCUGCGUCCUCUCGCGCCGGUGGAGACACAUGCCUAGGUACCAGAUCCCCCACGUGUGCCUCGACGUGGCAGACUUUUACAGCCCCGCGGACGGCUGGUGCCCGGCGGCGUUGGCGAGCGCCCGGCGCCGCAAGGACUGGUGCCUGCCCUACCAGCGGCGCGCCAGCGAGGGCCUCGUCCAGGCGCUGUGGUGCUUCCUCGCCGCGCCGCCCAGCGUGCGUGUCAUCGAGACGCUGCGCCUCAAGAUGAUCCUCACCAAGUACGAGGUGCUGCGCCGCGCCGGGAGGCUCAUCGGCGAGGCGGCCGGCACCGGCAGGAUAAAGGCCGGCGCCGACGUGGAGCUGGAGCUUGUCAUGGAAAAGGAAAACCUUGAGCACGCGCCGGUGGAGGACAUGCUUGGGUACGGCGCGCGGUUCACGCAGUUCCUCCGGGGCUGCCCGCGCGCGUUCCGGGCGCUGACGAGGCUCGCCGUGGAGAACCUGUGGUUCAAGGACCCGGGCGCCGUGACGGACCUUGUACGCCGCUGCCGCGCGCUGGAGCACCUCUCCCUGCGCUGCUGCGGCUUCGACGACCCCGUGGACGAGAUGGCCGUGGACGCGCCGCCGGAGUCGCGGCUGAGGACGCUGCUGUGCCUCGAGUGCGACGUCCCCGGCGUCUCGGUCGUGCGGGCGCCGAGCCUCGUCGAGUUCCACUGCGGGUGGCGGAUGUUCCACGCGAACACGCCGCCGGCGUCGUUCGGGUGCACGCCGGCGCUCAAGAAGGUGACCCUGCAUUACCGGCCGUACCACAGGGAUGAUGAUCAUGUCGGGAGGAGGCUGAGCGAAUUUCUGCUGCUAGAGCCUGACCAGUUAGAGGUGCUCACGCUCUUGUUUGAUGAAGCUACCAAGAUUUGGGUGCGCCCAGAGAUGCCGAAGUACCUGCGGCCUGUGCUCGGCGGCCUGAAGGAGCUCCGCCUGGAGAAUGUCCACCCUGCCCGUGACCUCUCCUGGGCGCUCUUUCUGCUCGGAGCUGCACGACACUUGGAGACACUUUACAUCGAGAUCUUCAACCACGUGUGCAGCCUCAGCUGGGACAUGAAGCUCGAUGAGGACAUGGAGCCAGACGCGACAUGCCUACCACCGUCAGGGUUCAAGCACCGUCGCCUCAAGGAGGUGGUGAUCCGCCGUGCGUUCCAUGUGGCCAGGGACGCAUCGUUCGCGAGGAUGGUGGUGGAGAUGUCCGUGAACCUGAAGAAGCUUACCCUGGGCGUGGAGGACCAUGGGUGUGACGGGUGCGCGGCCGCAGAAGCUAGGCGGCCAGCGCUGGCUAGGUCGAGGUUCAGGUUCCCUGGAGCUGGUAAGGACGUGGACGCACUCGUCGAGAGAGUGAGAGGUGGUGUCACCACGUCUGCCCAGGUUGUCGUGCUCUGAUGAUUUGAGGCUUAUGAGAUUGCGUUUAUGCUAAAUUGUGCUAUUGCACGCUUCUUUGGGGAUUGUUAUGGUUUUUCGAGGGCUAGCUAUGUACCACAUGCCAAUUCCGUACUAUCAAGUGAGAUAAGUUCAGAAUUUUUAGACACUAUAAAGUGUGUUUAGUUAUUAUUCCAUCUGUUAGAUCACUAAAGUAGUGAUCUAAAAGAUCUCAUAUUAGUUUUUGUUUUGACAACAAAUCAUGUAUUAGUUUACAAGAGGGAGCACUCAAGUUUGAGGUAAGUUGACACGCUGUCCUGGUUGAAGCUUGA